GAUAAGUGUGGUUAAUUGCGCAAACGCACUGUAGAGUGCACUGCAAAACAAAAACAAAAUUAAAAUUAUUUUGAAGUGCCUGGUUUGAAAAAUAACGUGUGAUAUACAUCAAAAUUCCCGUUAAUAGAACACAAUAAUUAAAGAAGAAAUGAUUUUAGGUUAAAAAAAUACAAAAACAAUCAAGCGGAAAAUCGUCGACUUCUGAUCAGUUGGAACAAUGGUACGAGUGAGAAACGCUCAAAAUAUAAUUCCCAUACUUGGAUUGAAGAGACUAGUACCAUAUACAUCAGGUCAUAUGUUCUACAGUACGCGUCCCAAUCAAAAAUUGGAAUACAAGAAAUGUUACAAUAUUUUAAAUGUCCCCGAAAACAGCGACCAAGAGACAAUUCGCAGAGCGUACCUUGAGCUGGUCAAGCGCUACCAUCCCGACAGCGCCACCGAUGAAGCGGACGUUAAGAAGUUCCAGGAAAUAGAUAGGGCUUUUAAAAUGUUAAUGGAUAAAAAGGCGAAAGAGAGGUGGCAAGUUUCCGAUGAACACGUAGAAGAUGAGACUCCACAACAUGCAACUCCGCAGCAUCGCCAUUUCCUCGGAUUUGAUGGUAUUGGCCAUGGUACCAUUUUUCAGAGAGAAAAGCAGUAUGCUCAAAGUAGGGCAAUGCGUGCUUCGGACAGCGUUCUGAAUCAUCGGAUUCAGAAGGCUACGGUGGAUGAUAAGUCGCUGGUAGAGCCCAAACGGCAAAAGCACAAUGUAAAAACAAAAUACGGAUUUGACAGACUAGUGGAGGAUUUAAUACAGGAAGCAAUGUCCAAAGGACAGUUUGACAACCUCUCCGGCACCGGAAAACCGCUACGCGAAGCGAAAGGACAAAGCCCAUACGUCGAUUUCAUUACGCAUAAGUUAAACGAGGUACUCAUCGAGAACGGAUUUACGCCCGAGUGGAUAACUCUACAAAAGGAGAUUCGGGACGAGACGCAGUUGAUUAAAAACGCUCUGUGCCUGGAACGUAAACGUUUUCCUCCGCAUCCCUUGGUCGACGAACAUGCAUCGUUGUGGGAUAGCGUGGUAGAGCACCACAAGAAAAUGGCCGAUGAAUUAAAUCGCAAGAUUAAAAAAUAUAAUUUAUUGGUUCCGAUGCUAAGUAGGCAAAUGUUUCUUAUGAAUCUUCGAAAGGAAGCGCAUAAAAUUCUCGUCAAGGGUAAAAGUAAUAAAGAUGUUGAAUAUGUAAAAAAAAUUAAUGCGUCAAGUGAGCCCAAAGAGGAAAAAAACGGUUUGAUACAUGGGCUUUUACAAUUAUGGUUUAAAGGAUAAAUUUGUCACCAAUUUAGAAAUUAUUGUUUUAAUGUCGAUAAUUAACCGUAAAUAAUUAUAGGUAGGUAGGUAAGCAAGUCCUAAUAAUGUUAAUUUGGGCUCAUUUGGUUUGCCCUUGUAACCUACAUGUAACUAAUUACCUGUUAAUAGUUAUUGUGUAAUACCAAUUUUUUGGAGCA